AUGGAACAACUUGCUACGCUUUCAAUUGAAGACAAAUUUGAAGAGGAUUUAUGUGAAGAAGAUGAAGAAUUAAUACAAAAAGCUCUUCCUGUUUCUGGAAACUCUUUACCAAAUAGACCACCAGCAACAGGAGAGGAAUAUUUGCGUAUGGUAAGGUCAGAAGCUAAUAAAAGGCCUAAUGUCGUUAUAGCUAAAAAUCAAAUAAAUAAGUCUAAAGAAGUUAGAAUGGCAGGAUGGGUUAAAAGGGGCUGGGCCAAUCAAAUGGAACUUGAUAAUUUUGAUCAAAAUUCAAAUAAUUUGGUAAAUGAAGAAUGGGAAAAGAUAUUUUUAAUGAAAUUUGAUUUAAUAAGACAGUUCCCAGCACGAAAUGAUGAAGCUGGAUGGCUUAAAUAUUGUUAUGGAAUAAUAGAAUCUCCGAAUUUUGUAGAAGGUAAAGGAUUGGAAAAUGAAGGUGAUGUAAAUGAGAUGACAUUGCCGCGUGUUAGUAUUGUGUCAAGAAUAGAUCAGUCCACAACAAUUACACUUCUUUUAUAUCAUACAAAGUGGUUAUCCAAUGGGAUUACGAUUGCACAAUCUCAAUGGCUUUUUGCGUUGCUUUUGCGUGUUGACAAACUCUUGACGCCUAAUCAGAUGGCUACUUUAAGACAACUCUGUAAGAAGUGCAUUCAAAUUCGACAAAAGACCGAUAAGGAAGAUCUUAUUACAUUGGCUUCCUUGGAUAUGAUAAUUAUUAUUGUAAGAAAGUAUUUUGGUCAGAAAGAUCUGCUAUGA